ACACAGACACGCACACGCGCACGCGCGCGCGCGCACACACACACACAAUCUCUCUCUCGCUUGCUCGCUCACUCGCUCUCGCUCUCUCUCCUGGAACCCUGGUUUUCCCUCCUGUAAACUCUCCCAACAGUCCUGCCCUGGAAGAAGCCCCACCCUCUGUAGAGAUCAGCCCUAAAUUCCCGCUCCCGCAACUCUGCUCCGCAGUCCCAACCUUAGGCUUCAGGAAGUGGAUCCUGCAGACUCGAGCUUCAGGAUGGUUCAUGCAAAGAGCUGGACCCUGAAGAAACACUUUGUAGGUUACCCUACUAAUAGUGACUUUGAACUGAAGACAGUUGAACUCCCACCCUUAAAAGAUGGAGAGGUCCUGCUGGAAGCUUUGUACUUGACUGUGGAUCCUUACAUGAGAAUUAUGGCAAAAAGCUUGAAGGAGGGUGACAUGAUGAUGGGAGAGCAAGUGGCCAGAGUUGUGGAAAGUAAAAAUUCAGCUUUCCCAACAGGAACUAUUGUGGUGGCUCCUUCUGGCUGGACAACGCAUUCCAUUUCUAAUGGGGAAAAACUGGAAAAGGUGCUUGCAGAGUGGCCAGACACAUUACCACUGUCUCUGGCUCUGGGAACGGUUGGCAUGCCCGGCCUAACAGCCUACUUUGGCCUGUUUGACAUCUGUGGAGUGAAGGGUGGAGAAACAGUGCUGGUUAGUGCGGCAGCAGGAGCAGUGGGCUCUAUUGUGGGGCAGAUCGCUAAGCUCAAGGGCUGCAAAGUUGUUGGAACAGCAGGGUCUGAUGAAAAAGUUGCUUGGCUUAAAAAGCAUGGAUUUGAUGUUGCCCUUAACUACAAAACAGUGAAGUCUUUGGAAGAAGCUCUGAAAGUAGCUGCUCCCGAGGGUUAUGAUUGUUAUUUUGAUAAUGUGGGUGGAGAGUUUUCCAAUGUUGCUAUCACCCAGAUGAAGAAAUUUGGAAGAAUUGCUAUAUGUGGGGCCAUCUCUGUAUACAACAGAACUGGCCCACUUCCCCCAGGCCCAUCCCCGGAAAUCAUCAUCUUUAAGGAACUCCACUUGCAAGGCUUCGUCGUCUACCGCUGGCAAGGAGAAGUCCGCCAGAAGGCUCUGAGAGACUUGCUGAAGUGGGUCUCAGAGGGUAAAAUCCAGUACCAUGAACACGUCACUGAAGGAUUUGAAAACAUGCCAGCUGCAUUUAUAGGAUUGCUAAAAGGAGAGAAUCUGGGGAAGGCAAUAGUGAAAGCAUGAACAAAAAUGACACACGGAAUCCAGAAAUCACCUAGAUGAUUAGUUUCUUUUAAUCAUUUAGUAAAAUAUAUACUAACUUCAUAAUGCAUGAACAAAAGUGACUAGUGGAAUCUAGAAAUCAUUUGGAUGAUUAGCUUCUUUUUAAUCAUUUAGUAAAAUCUGUGUUUUCAUAAUCUAAAAAACAGUAAUUGUAAUGUGAUUGAUCCACCUAAUAAAAUACAUUGAAGUGAA